GACGCCAACCUGUGCCCCGAGAUGCAGAAGGCCAUCCAGGUCUUCCACAAUUUUUACAACGGCCGGACUCAGCAUCGCCGCCUUCAGUGGAUACAUUCUUUGGGACAGGCCACAGUUGCAGCGAAGCUGAACAAUCGCAGGCACGACCUGAUCCUGAACUCCUACCAGGCGCUGAUUCUGCUCCUGUUCACGAGGAGUGAGACGCACGAUCUGGGCUUCAUCCAGAACGCCACGGGCUUGGACCAGACUAUGGUGAAGAAGCUGCUAGCCACGCUCUCGAUCUCGAAGUACAAGAUCCUGUCGAAGAGCGGCGACGCGAAGACCAUCGAGGACGACGCCACCUUCACCCCGAACGACACCUUCGCCUGUCCACACCGGAAGAUCAAGAUCCCGCCGCCGGUCUCCGAGGAGACUCACAACAAGGAGCGCGUGGAGGAGGACCGCUCCAUCGCCAUCGAGGCCGCCAUCGUGCGCAUCAUGAAGAUGAGGAAGACGCUGAGCCACCAGCAGCUGGUCACCGAG